AGGCCGCUCGCCAUGUCCAGGUCCGGGGACAGGACGUCGACUUUCGACCCCAGCCACAGCGACAACCUGCUCCACGGCCUCAACCUGCUGUGGAGGAAGCAGCUCUUCUGCGACGUGACCCUGACGGCCCAGGGCCAGCAGUUCCACUGCCACAAGGCCGUGCUGGCCUCCUGCUCCCAGUACUUCCGCUCGCUCUUCUCCAGCGCCGGCGGGGGGGGCGGCGGGGGCGGCCCCCACCACCCCCACCACCCGCUGGGCGUGGGGCCCGGCGCCCCGGACGGCCUGCCCCCCAAAGAGGCGCCGCAGGAGGAGCCCGGCACGCCCUCCUCCUCCCCGGAGGACAAGCUGCUGGCCAGCCCCAGGGCCAUCAACAACCUGGUGCUGCAGGGCUGCUCGUCCAUCGGGCUGCGCCUGGUGCUGGAGUACCUGUACACGGCCAACGUGACCCUGUCCCUGGACACGGUGGAGGAGGUGCUGUCGGUCAGCAAGAUCCUCCACAUCCCGCAGGUCACCAAGCUGUGCGUCCAGUUCCUCAACGACCAGAUCUCGGUGCAGAACUACAAGCAGGUGUGCAAGAUCGCCGCCCUGCACGGCCUCGAGGAGACCAAGAAGCUGGCCAACAAGUACCUGGUGGAGGACGUGCUGCUGCUCAACUUCGAGGAGAUGCGCGCCCUCCUCGACUCGCUGCCACCCCCCGUGGAGUCGGAGCUGGCGCUCUUCCAGAUGUCCGUGCUGUGGCUGGAGCACGACCGGGAGACCCGCAUGCAGUACGCCCCGGACCUCAUGAAGCGCCUCCGCUUCGCCCUCAUCCCGGCUCCCGAGCUCGUCGAGCGGGUCCAGUCGGUGGAUUUCAUGAGGACCGACCCGGUCUGCCAGAAGCUGCUGCUGGACGCCAUGAACUACCACCUGAUGCCCUUCAGGCAGCACUGCAGGCAGAGCUUGGCCAGCAGAAUUCGCUCUAACAAGAAAAUGCUUUUGUUGGUUGGAGGACUGCCUCCUGGACCUGACAGGCUACCCAGCAAUUUGGUUCAAUAUUACGAUGAUGAAAAGAAGACGUGGAAAAUACUGACAAUUAUGCCGUACAAUAGCGCCCACCAUUGUGUUGUGGAAGUAGAAAAUUUCUUAUUCGUACUGGGAGGAGAAGACCAGUGGAAUCCUAAUGGAAAGCACAGUACGAACUUUGUCAGCCGGUAUGAUCCUAGGUUCAACAGCUGGAUACAACUUCCACCCAUGCAAGAGAGGAGAGCCAGUUUUUAUGCCUGUCGACUUGACAAAAACUUGUAUGUGAUUGGUGGAAGAAACGAAACUGGGUACUUGUCUAGUGUGGAAUGCUAUAAUUUAGAGACAAAUGAAUGGCGUUAUGUAUCUUCCCUACCACAGCCCUUAGCAGCACAUGCAGGAGCCGUACACAAUGGCAAAAUCUAUAUUUCAGGAGGAGUUCACAAUGGUGAAUAUGUUCCCUGGCUGUACUGCUAUGACCCUGUUAUGGAUGUCUGGGCAAGAAAACAAGACAUGAACACAAAGAGAGCUAUCCACACACUGGCUGUAAUGAAUGAUCGACUGUAUGCAAUUGGAGGAAAUCAUUUAAAAGGUUUUUCCCACCUUGACGUAAUGCUUGUGGAAUGCUAUGACCCAAAAGGCGACCAAUGGAAUAUUUUGCAGACGCCCAUUUUGGAGGGUCGUAGUGGUCCUGGAUGUGCAGUUCUUGAUGACAGCAUUUAUCUUGUAGGAGGCUAUAGCUGGAGCAUGGGAGCCUACAAAUCUUCCACUAUUUGUUACAGUCCUGAGAAAGGCACCUGGACAGAGCUUGAAGGAGAUGUAGCCGAGCCCCUCGCAGGACCUGCGUGUUCCACUGUUAUACUACCAGCGUGUGUGCCGUACAACAAAUAA